AUUUCCUCUCAGGGGGAUUACGUAUGGAUGGACCUCAGGACCAGACGGGAAUUCGACGUUCCCAUCGGAGCGGUGGUUAAGCUGUGUGAUUCAGGACAGAUCCAGGUGAUAGAUGAUGAAGGAAAUGAGCACUGGGUAUCUCCCCAAAAUGCUGGUCACAUCAAGCCUAUGCACCCGACUUCUAUCCACGGGGUGGAAGACAUGAUCCGCUUGGGGGAUCUGAACGAAGCAGGCAUUCUGAGAAAUCUCCUCAUCCGCUAUCGGGAGCACCUGAUUUAUACAUACACGGGCUCGAUACUGGUGGCCGUAAAUCCCUACCAGCUGCUUCCCAUUUACUCCCCGGAGCAGAUUCGCCUCUACACCAACAAAAAGAUUGGGGAGAUGCCUCCCCACAUUUUUGCCAUCGCAGACAACUGCUACUUCAACAUGCAAAGGAACAACAAAGAUCAGUGCUGCAUUAUAAGCGGUGAGUCAGGCGCAGGGAAAACCGAAAGCACCAAACUCAUCCUGCAAUUCCUAGCGGCCAUCAGUGGCCAACAUUCGUGGAUUGAACAGCAAGUGUUAGAAGCAAAUCCCAUCUUGGAAGCUUUUGGGAACGCAAAGACCAUUCGCAACGACAACUCCAGCCGGUUUGGUAAAUACAUCGACAUCCAUUUCAACAAGCGAGGCGCAAUCGAGGGAGCCAAAAUUGAGCAAUACCUGUUGGAGAAAUCCCGUGUUUGUCGACAGGCUCAGGAUGAGAGGAACUAUCACAUCUUUUAUUGCAUGCUGAAAGGAAUGACCCUGGAGCAGAAGAAAAUGCUGGGGCUUAGAAAAGCAGCCGACUAUAACUAUCUUUCAAUGGGCAACUGCAUUACUUGCGAUGGUAGAGACGAUAGCAAAGAAUACUCCAAUAUCCGAGCGGCAAUGAAAGUCCUCAUGUUCACCGACACAGAGAACUGGGAAAUUUCCAAGCUUCUGGCUUCCAUCCUGCAUAUGGGAAAUCUGCGGUACGAAGCCCGGAACUACGACAACCUCGACGCUUGUGAGGUCAUCCAUUCUGCGUCCUUGAUAACAGCUGCUUUGUUACUGGAGGUUGAGCCUCAGGACCUGAUGAACUGUCUCACUAGCCGGACUAUUAUUACCAGAGGAGAGACCGUUUCCACCCCACUUAGCCUGGAACAGGCGUUAGACGUCAGGGAUGCCUUUGUGAAGGGCAUCUAUGGCAGGCUCUUUGUGUGGAUUGUGGAAAAAAUCAACGCAGCCAUUUAUCGACCACCUUCCCAUGAGAACAAAAAUGUCCGGAGGUCCAUUGGAUUACUUGAUAUCUUUGGAUUCGAGAACUUCACAGUAAACAGUUUUGAGCAGCUCUGCAUUAAUUUUGCCAACGAGAACCUGCAACAGUUCUUCGUCCGUCACGUCUUCAAACUGGAGCAGGAAGAAUACAAUUUGGAAAAUAUCAACUGGCAGCACAUCGAAUUCACAGAUAAUCAGGAUGCGCUGGAUAUGAUUGCCAUCAAACCAAUGAACUUAAUCUCUCUCAUCGAUGAGGAGAGCAAAUUCCCCAAGGGAACGGACGCCACGAUGCUCCACAAGCUGAAUUCUCAGCACAAACUGAACAUCAACUACAUCCCACCGAAAAACAACUACAACACCCACUUUGGCAUCAACCACUUUGCUGGAGUUGUAUACUAUGAAACCAAAGGGUUUCUGGAGAAAAACAGAGACACACUUCAUGGGGAUAUUAUCCAGUUGGUCCAUUCGUCAAGGAACAAAUUCAUCAAGCAGAUUUUCCAGGCUGAUGUAGCCAUGGGCGCGGAGACGAGGAAGCGCUCCCCGACGCUGAGCGGCCAGUUCAAGCGCUCGCUGGAGCUGCUGAUGCGGACCCUCGGCGUCUGCCAGCCCUUCUUCGUCCGCUGCAUCAAGCCCAACGAGUACAAGAGGCCCAUGUUAUUUGACCGGGAACUCUGUGUCCGCCAGCUGAGAUAUUCCGGGAUGAUGGAGACCAUCCGGAUCCGCAGGGCCGGCUAUCCAAUCCGGUAUACCUUUGUGGAAUUUGUCGACAGAUACCGGGUUCUCAUGCCAGGGGUUAAACCCGCCUACAAGCAGGGGGAUCUGCAUGGAACAUGCCAGCGCAUUGCUGAAGCUGUGCUGGGCAGAGAUGACGAUUGGCAGAUUGGCAAGACUAAGAUCUUCCUGAAGGAUCACCAUGAUAUGCUUUUGGAAAUUGAGCGAGACAAAGCAAUCACAGACAAGGUUAUCCUCAUUCAGAAAGUAGUUCGUGGAUUUAAAGACAGAUCCCAUUUCCUGAAAGUGAGGAAUGCAGCACUAAUGAUUCAACGGAAUUGGAGAGGCCACAACUGUCGACGAAACUAUGAGGCUAUGAGAAUUGGCUUCCUGAGGCUGCAAGCCCUCUACCGUUCCCGCAAACUCCACCGGCAGUACCAUAUGGCUCGCCAGCGCAUCAUUGAGUUCCAGGCACGGUGCCGGGGGUUCCUGGUGCGCCGUGCCUUCCGCCAUCGCCUCUGGGCAGUCUUGACCAUCCAGGCAUACGGAAGAGGGAUGAUUGCCCGCCGACUCUAUAAGCGCCUGAAGGGGGAGUAUCGCCGUCGUCUGGAGGCAGAAAAACUACGUCUGCUGGAAGAGGAGCGGCUGAGGAAGGAGAUGAGUGCAAAGAAGGCCAAGGAGGAAGCAGAAAAAAAGCAUCAGUUACGCCUGGCCCAGCUGGCCCGGGAAGAUGCGGAAAGGGAAAUCAGAGAAAAAGAGGAAGCUCGGCAGAAGAAGGAGCUGCUGCAGAAAAUGGAGAAGGCUCGGAAUGAGCCUGUGAAUGACUCAGAGAUGGUGGACAAGAUGUUUGGGUUUCUGGGGACGACAGCAUCCUUGCCGGGGCAGGAAGGACAGGCGCCCGCCGGCUUUGAGGAUCUCGAAAGAGCUGGAAAGGUACUGGACGAAGACGACCUAGAUAUGGCACUUCCGUUGCCGGAGGAUGAAGAAGAGGACUUAUCCGAAUAUAAAUUCGCAAAAUUUGCUGCCACGUACUUCCAGGGCACAACCACGCACACGUAUAUACGCCGGCCCCUCAAACAACCUCUUUUGUACCAUGAGGAUGAAGGAGACCAGUUGGCAGCCCUUGCGGUAUGGAUUACCAUCCUUCGCUUCAUGGGGGACCUUCCUGAACCAAAAUACCACACCGCAAUGAGCAAUGGCAGUGAGAAGAUCCCAGUCAUGACCAAAAUUUAUGAGACGCUGGGGAAGAAGACCUACAAGAAGGAACUCCAGGCCCUUCAAAGUGAAGGAGAGAGCGCUCAUCUAGAUGGCCAUAAGAAGAGCAGCGUUCGACAGAAACUAGUUUCCCUGACUCUCAAGAAAAAAUCCAAGUUAACCGAAGAGGUGACCAAGCGCCUUCACGAUGGCGAGUCCACCGUCCAGGGGAACAGCAUGCUAGAAGACCGCCCAACCUCCAAUUUGGAGAAACUCCAUUUCAUUAUUGGUAACGGCAUCCUGAGGCCAACCUUAAGAGAUGAAAUUUACUGCCAAAUCUGCAAACAGCUGACCCAAAACCCUUCCAAGAAUAGCCAUGCCAGAGGAUGGAUCCUGGUGUCUUUAUGUGUGGGCUGUUUUGCCCCCUCUGAGAAAUUUGUCAAGUAUUUAAGGAACUUCAUCAUCGGGGGUCCCCCAGGGUAUGCUCCUUAUUGUGAAGAGAGGCUCAGAAGGACGUUUGUCAACGGGACCAGGACGCAGCCCCCAAGCUGGCUGGAGCUUCAGGCAACCAAAUCCAAAAAACCCAUCAUGCUUCCCGUCACGUUUAUGGACGGCACAACCAAGACCUUGUUAACUGACUCAGCCACCACAGCUAAGGAGCUUUGCAGCUUGUUGGCCGAGAAGAUAAGUCUGAAGGACCACUUUGGAUUCUCCCUUUACAUCGCGCUCUUUGACAAGGUCUCUUCCCUCGGAAGUGGCAGCGACCACGUCAUGGAUGCCAUCUCUCAGUGUGAGCAGUUUGCCAAGGAACAGGGGGCCCAGGAACGCAAUGCCCCUUGGCGACUCUUCUUCAGGAAGGAGAUCUUUGCCCCCUGGCACAACCCAGCAGAUGACUACGUGUCCACGAAUCUCAUUUACCAGCAAAUCGUCAGAGGGGUGAAGUUUGGGGAGUACCGGUGUGAUAAGGAAGAAGAUAUGGCAGAGCUAGCUUCCCAGCAAUACUACGUGGAUUAUGGGUCCGAAAUGGUCCUGGAGCGCCUUCUGAAUCUGAUUCCCUCGUACAUCCCGGAUCGCGAGAUCACACCUUCCAAAACCAUUGAGAAGUGGGCUCAGUUUAUCAUAGCUGCCCAUAAAAAGGGAAUCUAUACCCAAAAGAGAGUGGAUCCCAAAAAAGUCAAAGAAGAAGUAGUGGAUUUUGCUCGUUUUAAGUGGCCUUUACUAUUCUCCAGGUUCUAUGAAGCGUUCAAGUUUUCAGGUCCCAGCCUUUCCCAAAAUGAACUGAUUGUAGCUGUAAACUGGACAGGGGUAUACUUUGUAGAUGAACAAGAACAAGUUCUUCUGGAAUUUUCCUUCCCCGAGAUAACUGCUGUCUCCAGCAAUAGAGCCAGCUGUUUUUGCCCAAGCAAACUAAGUGCACCUUUUUGCCAAGGGGUUGGGAAGACGUCUAGUGUUAAAUGUUCAGUCUGGUCUUCAGGAUUAUACCUCUUUGGUAAUGCUUGCUGCAGUGGAGGAAAACUCCAGGGACAGAGUUUCACGCUGGCUACAAUCAAAGGUGAUGAAUACACGUUCACGUCCAACAAUGCAGAGGACAUCCGUGACCUUGUAGUCACCUUCCUGGAAGGGCUGAGAAAAAGAUCCAAAUUUGUAGUCACGCUGCAAGACAAUCCAAAUCCAGCUGGUGAUGACUCCGGUUUUCUCAGCUUCCUCAAAGGAGACUUGCUCAUUCUGGACCAGGACACGGGAGAAAAUGUGAUGAAUUCUGGCUGGGCCAAUGGAGUCAAUGAACGGACCAAGCAGAAGGGAGACUUUCCAACCGAUUCAGUCUAUGUCCUGCCCACUAUGACCAUGCCUCCCCUGGACAUUGUGGCUUUGGUUACAAUGACCCCCAACCAGAGGCAGGACAUCAUAAGGACAGCCCAGCUGGUGAUGAGUGACACUGAAGAGAGGAUAAAGCCAUACACGCUGGAAGAAUUCUCCUUUGAUUAUUUUAGGCCUCCCCCCAAGCACACCCUGAGCAGGGUGAUGAUCACCAAGAACAGGGGGAAAGACAAGCUAUGGUCCUACACCAGGGAACCCAUCAAGCAGCCCUUGCUGAAGAAGGUCCUGAGCAGCGAGGAGCUCUCUCAAGAAGCCUGCAUGGCCUUCAUCGCCAUCCUGAAAUACAUGGGUGAUUACCCCUCCAAGAGGACUCGCUCAGUGAAUGAACUCACAGAUCAAAUAUUUGAAGGGGCUUUGAAAGCCGAAGCUCUCAGGGACGAGAUUUACUCGCAGAUACUGAAGCAGCUGACGGACAACCACGUGAAGUACAGUGAAGAGAAAGGCUGGGAACUCCUUUGGCUGUGCACAGGCCUGUUUGCGCCAAGUAACGUCCUGCUGCUUCAUGUCCAGCGGUUUGUUCAGUCUCGGAAGCAUCACCCGCUCGCCACCGACUGCCUGCAGAGGCUGCAGAAAGCUCUGAGGAAUGGAUCUCGAAAGUACCCACCCCAUCUGGUCGAGGUGGAGGCCAUUCAGCAUAAAACCACUCAGAUUUUCCAUAAAGUCUAUUUCCCAGAUGACACCGAUGAGGCAUUUGAAGUGGAAUCGAGCACCAAAGCCAAGGAUUUCUGCCAAGGCAUUUCCAAACGGCUGCUCCUCAAAUCAUCGGAGGGUUUCAGCCUUUUUAUCAAGAUAUCAGACAAGGUCAUCAGUGUCCCUGAAGGAGAUUUCUUCUUUGACUUCGUCAGACACCUGACCGACUGGAUCAAGAAAGUGAGACCAGCAAAAGAUGGGCUUGUGCCUUCUCUCACCUACCAAGUGUUUUUCAUGAAGAAGCUGUGGACAAACACCGUGCCUGGGAAGGAUUCAAUGGCUGACUCUAUUUUCCAUUAUUAUCAGGAAUUGCCAAAAUAUCUUCGUGGCUACCAUAAGUGCACCCGGGAAGACGUCCUACAACUUGGGGCCCUGAUCUAUAGGGUGAAAUUUGAAGAUGAUAAGUCCUCUUUUCCUAAUAUUCCCAAGCUCCUCAAGGACUUGGUGCCCGAACCUCUUAUGCGGCAGCUGUCCCCGGAUGACUGGAAGAGAUCCAUCGUGGCCUACUUCAAUAAGCACGCAGGCAAAACGAGGGAAGAGGCCAAGCUGGCCUUCCUCAAGAUCGUGUUCCGGUGGCCCACGUUCGGAUCGGCUUUCUUCGAAGUGAAGCAAACAACUGACCCAAAUUAUCCAGAACUCCUCCUGGUGGCCAUCAAUAAGCAUGGCGUCAGCCUCAUCGAUCGGAAAACCAAGGACGUCCUAAUCACCCAUCCCUUCACAAAGAUCUCCAACUGGAGCAGCGGCAACACCUACUUCCAUAUCACCAUUGGCAAUCUCGUGCGGGGGAGCAAGCUGCUCUGUGAGACAUCACUGGGCUACAAGAUGGAUGAUCUGUUGACCUCUUACAUUAGCCAGAUGCUGACGGCAAUGAGUAAGCAGAGGGGUGCAAAAGGCAGCAAGUGAACUGACAACAUCUACUGGUUACCACUCUGUCAGCUGAGGGCCGUGGGCUACCCUUGCAGCUGGGGGAAAACCUUUUCUACAUAUGUAUGGAAAAUGAGUUGCACACCUCCAGAAAACCUGUCAGAUUGUGAAGAUGGGGAGCUUGCCUCCACUUCGAGUGAGGAUGACUACUUGUGAAAAAAAACUUUUCACCAUCUCCACCAGCACUGUUUUCUCCUCUCGCUUCUGGAUAUCAACCUAUACUUCUAUUUCAGACUGUGAUACAAGAGGGGGAAAACUGUUUUUAUGGCAUAUGGAGAAGGUCAUCAGACUUCCGGUUAGGAUCUUUUGAAAAUGGGCUUCAAUAAAGCAGUUUAUGAACCCGAGACUAUGCCAGAAAUUGGAUAAUUUCAUAAGAAUCUA